ACACCUCUUUCUCACCUAUCCAUGGCCAUGGCUCAGAGAUCUUAAACUGUAUCAAAGUCCUCCAACCCCAUCUCUCUCUUUCUGUCCAAAAUUCUUCAUCUUUCUUCUGCCCACGUUCACCUCAUCAGAGGGAGAAAGGCCAUCGAUGAUGCGACUGUUCUCCGUGGCGGUGCUCUUCUUGAGCAUUGCGUUUCAGGUGAGAUCUGAUGCAUCUGAUCACAAGUACGAACGUGGAGACGCCGUCCCUCUCUAUGCAAACAAGGUCGGCCCUUUCCACAACCCCAGCGAAACAUAUCGCUACUUCGAUCUCCCAUUCUGUUCUCCAGGAGCUGUGAAAGAUAAGAAAGAAGCUCUUGGUGAAGUGCUGAAUGGAGAUCGUCUUGUCACUGCACCUUAUAAACUGGACUUUUUAGUUGAGAGGGACUCUGAAAGUGUCUGCCAGAAGAAGCUGACUGCAGAUGAAGUUGCUAAGUUUAGGAGUGCUGUUAUAAAGGACUACUAUUUUCAGAUGUAUUAUGAUGACUUGCCAAUUUGGGGUUUCUUGGGGAAAGUAGACAAGGAGGGGAAAGCUGAUCCUAGUGAAUACAAGUAUUACCUAUUUAAGCAUCUUCAUUUCGAGAUCUUUCACAAUAAGGACCGUGUCAUUGAGAUCAAUGUACGAACCGAUCCUAAUGCUCUUGUGGAUCUGACUGAGGACAAGGAAGUUGAUGUAGAAUUUAUGUAUAGUAUUAAAUGGAAGGAAACAAACACGCCAUAUGACAAGAGAAUGGACAAGUAUUCACAGUCGUCUUCCUUGCCACAUCACUUGGAAAUUCAUUGGUUCUCGAUAAUCAAUUCAUGUGUAACUGUUUUACUCUUAACCGGUUUUCUUGCCACAAUUCUCAUGCGAGUUCUAAAGAAUGAUUUUAUCAAGUAUGCUGAUGAUGAAGAGGCAGCUGAUGAUCAAGAAGAAACUGGAUGGAAAUAUAUACAUGGGGAUGUUUUCAGGUUUCCAAAAUGGAAGUCCUUGUUUGCUUCAGCCAUAGGUUCAGGCACACAGUUAUUUACACUAACAAUUUUUAUAUUCAUUCUUUCUCUUGUUGGAGUCUUUUAUCCAUACAACCGUGGAGCUCUUUUCACCGCAUUGGUUGUUAUAUAUGCGCUUACAUCAGGCAUUGCUGGCUAUACUGCAGCUUCAUUCUAUGGUCAGCUAGAAGGAACAAAUUGGGUUAGAAAUCUGCUGCUGACAGGAGCCUUGUUCUGCGGGCCUCUAUUCGUAACAUUCUGUUUCCUUAAUACUGUGGCAAUUGCCUACAGUGCCACUGCAGCUUUACCAUUCGGUACCAUUGUGGUGAUUUUCCUUAUAUGGACUCUUGUAACUUCCCCAUUGCUUGUAUUGGGUGGGAUAGCUGGAAAGAAUAGCAAGGCCGAAUUUCAGGCUCCUGUUCGAACCACAAAAUAUCCAAGAGAAAUCCCACCUUUACCAUGGUACCGUAGUACUAUUCCUCAAAUGGCGAUGGCCGGGUUCUUGCCUUUCAGUGCAAUUUACAUUGAGCUUUAUUACAUAUUCGCAAGUGUUUGGGGUCAUCGAAUCUACACCAUAUACAGCAUUUUAUUCAUAGUCUUCAUUAUUCUUCUGAUCGUUACUGCCUUCAUUACUGUGGCAUUGACUUAUUUCCAGCUAGCUGCCGAAGAUCAUGAAUGGUGGUGGAGAUCAUUCCUAUGCGGCGGAUCAACUGGUCUAUUCAUAUACGGUUAUUGCUUAUACUACUACUAUGCACGAUCUGACAUGUCUGGUUUCAUGCAAACAUCAUUUUUCUUCGGCUACAUGGCCUGCAUAUGUUAUGGUUUCUUCCUCAUGCUGGGGACUGUUGGUUUCCGAGCCGCAUUGUUUUUGGUUCGUCACAUAUACCGUUCAAUUAAGUGUGAAUAAUCAUCUCUACUGGAUCUGGUAACAAUCCAUUGAUGAAAAAUAGAAGAGUAUACAACAGGAUUUAUUAUUAUUCAAGUCUUCAAGUGAAAAAAAGAACGAAAAGACUCUCAACUCUAGUGGUUCCUUCACAAGGAAUGCGCCUACAGGUUUUGUUUGCAAAUGGAGUUUGUUUUAUGUUUUAACUACUACAGCAGAACAACUUCUUAAUAAUGGGUAGUAUUACACAUUAUUAAUUAGGUUAGAUUUUCUAUCUUGUUGUUUUCUUUUCCAUGUAAACCUUUUCUUUUGUAGAACUUGUCCAAGAAACAAAAAACACAAACAGUUAUGGAUGUGUUACAGUUGUUCAUCUGCUCUUCAGUUUUGAUCUGU